CGUCUGGUAUUCUAUUCAACAACACCAGUCGCAUUAAUCUUAUAUUUCGUAGAAAACCGAGCCAUAUUUUUAUUGUAAGAAAACCGAUAAAAUUCCGGUGGACAUAUUGGACGAAGAUGUCCAAUCUGCAAGAUAUUCCGCUUGCCGACCCCGAAGGUCUGACUGUGGAUGGCUCCGAGGUGACCCCCACGCCAAAGUCCAACUCCUUGAAGCGCUUCUUUAAGAUCAGCAAGAAGCCGCUGAUGCGUGACCAAGUGGAGGAUGACGACGAGACAUCCUCCCAGGACAACAAAGAGCUGGGAAAGUCCAACACGAUAAGUCGCUUCUUCACCCGAUUGAAGGGAGCCAGUAAGGAUGUCCAAGAACCUUCGAGAUCGGUAGUCGAGCCCGUCGAGCAUGAGAAGCCGCUGCCGAAUGCCAAACCCACGAUUAAGACAUCCAUUUCGUCCUACUGGAAGCUGCUGUUCAACCGCCAGAAGAGCCAGCGCCAAAACGUGGGUUUCGGACAGUCCAAUAGCAAUAAUGUGGGGAACGAGUCUGAAGAGGUCCACGAACUCCAACCGGUAAACCAGGAUCCCGAUACCGAUCAUCAGCCGAAAGCCAAAGAUGAGCAGGAAGAAUUGGAAGAAGGCACAGAUCCGGAGGCACCCAAUUCGAAGCCCAGGAAAACUGUUGCCAGCAACGCAUCCGCCCAGGAGAUUCUCAGUGCAUUACAGGGCGACCAGCUAUCCACCAUCGAGCACGAGGAUGAGGGUUCCAUUUAGCCGUCUUCAGCCAUCACCAACCAAAUCCAUCGGAACAUCUAGUAUUUCUUCUAGUCUUUAGACGAAUAAUCACAAAACGGUGGGUGCUGUUAAACCUUACACCAUAUACUCUUUAAACACUUCAAGGAUUCAAGAUAUUUCCCCGCUAACUCAAAUAUAUACCCACACAAACAUUUCCGCUUUAAAUCCACAAAUUAUAAUUUCAAGCUUUCCACGAAAUAAACACAUACACACCACCCUCAA